AUGGCAGAUACAUCACAGGGCUCUUCGCAAACCGCCAACAACAGUGCAGCCUCGAACGAGAGGUCGCCACUGUUGAAGCCCGGCAAUCAGAACGAGCAGAAUGGCGGUCCUCCGGACGAGGAAAGGGUUGUCCUCGCCGAAGAAGUGUCCUUCACGCGAAUUGCCUUGAUCAUGGGCACGACUUGGGUCGGCGUCUUCCUGGGCGCGACAGAUUCCACCAUCAUCGCCACCUUAUCAGCACCCAUCUCCAGCGAGUUCAAAUCGUUGAGCUUAAUGUCCUGGCUCGCCACCGCCUAUUUCAUCGCCAAUGCCGCGUGUCAGCCCAUUUCAGGACGCCUGACGGACAUCUUUGGCAGGGGGCCGGGCUUGGUUGCGAGCAACUUGCUUUUCGCCGCUGGCAAUCUCAUGUGCGGCCUUGCCAAAGACGAAUACUCCAUGAUCAUCGGACGUGUGAUUGCCGGCAUGGGAGGAGGCGGGCUCAUGAGUAUCUCGACCUUUCUCGGAUCAGACCUGAUCCCUUUGCGACAGAGGGGUGUUGUGCAGGGCAUUGGCAACAUCUGCUACGGGUCGGGCGCGAUGAUGGGCGGUAUCUUUGGCGGUCUCAUCAACGACCACACCAAGAUGGGCUGGCGGCUGGCCUUCUUAAUCCAGGUUCCACCCGUACUCCUUUCUGCGGUUGCCGUUUUCUUCCUGGUCAAGGUGCCCCCAAAGCAGUCGGACAAGUCGUACCUCGCACGCAUCGACUUUCUGGGGGUCUUCCUUACCGUCUCGUUCCUUGUGCUGCUACUGCUGGGGCUGAAUUCCGGCGGCAACUUGGUGCCGUGGGUACACCCUCUUCCCUUGAGUACCAUUCCACUGGCCUUCAUCACGUUCGGGGGAUUCCUGUGGUGGGAGAGCAAGGCUCGCCAGCCCAUCAUCCCGGUUCGGCUGCUUGCGUCGCGAACGAUAUUAGCAGCUUGCCUCUGCAACCUGCUCUGCACUAUGGUCACCAUGACGGGGGUCUUUUACGUCCCGCUGUUCCUGCAAGUUCUCGGCGCGUCUGCAACAGAUGCUGGUCUCCAGAUCUUGCCUUCACCGGUAGGUGUGUCCAUCGGCUCUGUAGCUGCUGGGUUUGUCAUGAAGCAGACAGGUCGAUACCUGCGACUCGGCAUCGCGAGCGUUCUCCUCAUGGUGGUCGGCGUCGUCAUGUUUACCUUUCAAACCGAGACGAGCCCAAAAUGGCUAAGUCUGGUGGCCUUCUUUUCCAUUGGCAGCGGCUAUGGCGCCAUGCUCACCACGACUCUUCUCGCCUGUAUCGCCGCUGUUGACCAUUCGCAACAGGCCGUGAUCACAUCGGCGACUUAUCUUGCGCGCAGUUUAGGCAGUACCAUAGGCGUGACUGUUGGCUCGGCCAUCUACCAGAAUAUUCUCAAGGCCAGGCUCUGGGAACGCUUCGGCGAUUACCCGGACGCAGAGGAGAUCAUCCGCCGGGUGCGAAAUGAUUUGUCAGAACUCAAGCACCUCCCCAAGGGCUGGCAUGACGGCGUCAUCAGGUCUUUUGUGGAAGCCUUUCGCGGCGCCGUUGAGAUGUUGACCAUGGCUUCUUGGGAGUGGGAUCCCAACUACGUUCCGCCCGUCAAGCUCGGGUUACACUGUGCUCAGAUCCUCCUCUCCUUUGUGGUUUGGUGUCUCGAGCUCGCCGUGUUCGCAGACAAGGACUCAAUCAUCACAGGUAGAAAUGGCUGGACCUUUGGCGUGACCUUUUUAUCAAUACCAGCAUGGGUCUUUCUCGUCAUGACUCCUCGCUUCGAACGCACGAGGCGCUUUGCCAAUGCCUACGCCAUGCUCGGUGUUGACUUGGUCUUCACCAUCAUCUGGAUCUCCGCUUUCGCGACGCAAGCCGCCUACAAUACGGCUGGGAAUUGCGGCAGCCGCUGCAAGCUCAGCAAGACCAUCGUUGGCUUGGGUGUCUUUAUCACCCUCCUCUUCGCUAUGAGCACGCUGGUCAGCGGGUAUACCAUGCAAUACUGGAAGUUCCACGGCAAUCUGCCCGGUUACGACCAGCGCAAGAUUCGCGGCGGCGAGAACAUUGAUCCCGACAAGGCGGCCUUCUCCAUGGCGCCUCAUGACGACGACGCAUAUGAGCGCGUCAACAUGGACGACAACGAGACCACGGCGUAUGGCGGCGCCGGCGCCGGCGAGCCGUACGGACACGUGAAUCCCUACAGCGCGGACGACUACAACGACCCGAACCGUUACGGCUCUCUGCCGCCCAGAAACAACGACAUGUUUGAUGCCGACACCGAGUACGGCGCCGGUAGCACAAUCGGUGCUCGCCCACCGCCGGCCCCGACGGCAUCUGACUUGUCGUACGGUUCGCGGUAUGACGACCCAGCGCGGUUCCCGGCGGGCAACUAUGAUCGCAUUGAGCGAUGA